AUAGUCUCGGAAGCCAGUUCUCAACUCUCGCACGUACGGAUUAAGUCGACGUUCUUCCUCCUCUUGAAAUCUGCGAUUGGGCUUGACAGAUUGCAACGCGUGUCGCUAGAAUUUAAUUCAAAUACCUGCGAAAACGAGAGAUAUAUUUUCCAAAUUAGACAGAUAUUAAUUUAAAAAUGGUUUCUAUUUUCGGAAUAACAUAUAGGACGCGAGUAGAGUUGAUAACAUUUUUCAAAAUUUCAUCAAGACACAAAUACUUCGGAAACUGUAAUUGUUUAUUGGCUUAAAUCAUUACCUAUAUUUAGAUAAAAUCAAGUUUACAAGUUGUAAACAUUGUUUACAAGUGUAAAGACUGAAAUGACAAAACUUAAAAAAUCUUUGCCAACAGAAGUUACGAGAAAUAAUUUACAUUAUAAUCUUAUUUUACCAAUAUAUAUCAGUAUCUUCUUCUUUACUUUAUCACUAUAUUUUCAGUAUACUUUCAAUGUAUUUUCAUACUUCAUUUAAUUAUCAGUAUACUUCUAUAUUAUAUAAUAUGUUAAGCGAGUAUUAUGGUUUUAUCUACAUCAUAUUCAUUUGUAUUAGUGAUUAUUUUAUAUAAUUUAACAAUAUAUGACAAAUAUACCCUGCAUUAAUCAAUUUUUAUCAUGCGUGUGUUUCAAAGUAAGUAUGAAUUAUAAUAAUUCAAAUAUAGCUUCAAAUAAGCUUUUAUAUUCAAUGGCAAUGCGACGUCUAUACAUAUGCAGGUCAAUAUCAAACAAUACGUUCUAAUGUCCCGUGAAAUCUCGUAAGAACUUCAUAUAAUAGAAAUUAAGGAAUGUGCGCAAGAGAAUUAAUGAAUGUAUGUUUAAUGUGUAACACUAAUAACGAUAAACGCAGGCCUCGAAGGACUGUUUUUCUUAAUAUUUAUAGUAUAUACAUAGCGACAUCUUUGCAACAAUUAUUCCUUAUUGCACUUGACGUGUCUCCCUUUUGUUUUACAUCAGGAAAUCAUGCGAGCGAUAUUAGCGAUUGCAUUAGUCUUCGUGGUGGGACUUUUCAUCGCAACUACGACAUCGAAGAGUUGCGACAUCGAAAAGUUAAAGUAUCCUCGUUUCAUCAAGCAUCGGACAAAAGUGAGGGAGAUCCGUGGCUUCAAGCCGGAAUAUAUCUCUACGGCGAUUGGAUUCGGGAAAAGAGAAGGUCCUGUGGAGGCUCCGGACUUUGGCAGACACGAGGAAAUUCUAUUGGCUCUUUUGCGAAGUUUUCCGCGUUCCGGGAUACCUGCGAAAAUGCUACUUCCAGUGAUACGGACAAAUCCUGCACUCGUUACCAAGCUGAUGCAGAUGUCGAUGCAGAAUGCCGAUCAAAGCGACGAGGAGUCGAUGAUCCAACGCUCGAAGUCUGAAAGAACGCACGCGCUGUAUUAACCCAUUUGUCAAAGCACGGCGAUUUACGCGAGUUCCAAAAACUAACCUAAGUU